UGCAUGUAAGAAGGGGGGAGGGGACUCAGUUCGCUGUACAUAUAACUUUAUAGCAUUUAAAAAAAUAUGAAGCUCUAAAAACUUUCAUCUCAACAUUGUACAGAUUAUAUUCAAUGCGUCAGAUAUUAGAGAGAGAGAGAGAAAGAGAGAAAUGAUUGAAGAAAUUCAAAUGGAAGGGAAUUCACAUAAAGGAAAAGGAAGAUCUGCAAGGAAAAAGAAGAGCGCCAUUGAUGAAGGAGAAAAAGAAGGUGGGGAUUUGAUGGAGUGUUCAGGCAAGUAUUGUGGAUCAUGCACCGCUGGUGUAAUCGCCGAUUGUGUCGCAAUCUGUUGUUGCCCUUGUGCUUUGCUCAACUUUUUGACACUUGCAUUGAUUAAGCUACCGUGGAAAAUGGGGAGGAGGUGUUUGGGGUUCGGGAAAAUGAAGAGAAAACGCAAGAAAACUAGUGCUACUGUUAAUGAAGGUGACGAGAAUUUCAGAGGGAGGGUAAGGGUAGAACAGGAAAUCUGGGAAUUUCCAGCAGGAUUUGAAGAAGAAGAAGAAGAAAUGGGGACAUUUGGUGCCAGAUUUGAAGCCGAGAGUGUUUGGUUAGAGCUGUAUCAGAUUGGCCAUUGGGGUUUUGGGAGGGUUUCCUUCACUGGUAUUUAAUCUUUUUCUUUGUUAAAAAAAAUAAAAAUAUAUGUACAUUUGUACUUAGGAUUUUGUAAAGUUUGAAAGUUUUCAGAAUUAUUUUCUCGGAAAAAAAGAGGGUAUUUUAGUUUAGGUUGGGAAAAUUAACAUCAGAAUUUAGCUGGGAUUUUCUCCCUUGAUUAGAUUAAUACAUGGUAAUUUGUAAGGAAUUCGUAAGAAAAAAAUUAUAUAUAUAGUAGUUUUUAUAAUUUCUCCUGCAUUUGUGGUUGUUUGAAUUGGAGUUAAUACUUAAAACUCGUAAUAUUAGGAUCUUUGACUUUAAACUCAAGGAUUUAUGUUUGAGUUGGAGUAAAUAUUAAUUUUUAUUUUACAAAUCAUGAGCUACGCUCUGAUUAUUGAAACAUUAUGUUGCACGAAAUCUAGCAUGCAUAAUCUCAAUUUUAUCACAUGAUAGAGGCUCUCAAUCCUCGAAGGUCGGUUCUCGUGAAACUCAAAACCUGUUCUCUAAAGGCGUAUUAAUUGUUGGAUUACACGCAAGGCGCCCCAACAGAUGGAUAGGUUGAGUUGAUCAAUUGUGAUGGAACCCAUUAUGAAGGGAGUAGGCGACUUUUGACUGCUUGAUUUCAUGCGAAGCACCCCAACAAGUGGGUAGGCCAAGUGGACCAUUUGUAAUAGAGGAGCCCAUGAUGAAGGAAGUAGACAAUGUGGAUUAAUCCUAUUAGAUAUAUCUUUUAGGAAUGGAAAGUGAUUGGGUGGGAAGAAUGUCACGUCAAACGCUUUAAAAAAAUAGAUAAGGUACGUUGAUCCCACAUCGGAAAGAAUAUGGAAAUUCUUGGGGUAUAUAUGCCCACAAGCAGCACCUUUGCGAGGCCCGUGAUACAAUCUUAACCAUAAAAUUUGAUAUUGAGUUAGUUCAUCUAAAUACAAUUUUUCUUGUAGAAUUGCAGUCUCGAAAGUGUAUCUAAAUUUCAAAUUUACCCCCACAUGGCAUCCAUGAUGUAUUUGUAGCCGAAGCAAAUCUUCAACUCGUUGCUGGCACUUGACUCCAACUAUUUGUAAUCGAAAUAAUAAUAGUAAUUUAGUAAAAAUAAUUAAUUAUUUUUAA